CGCGGACAACACGCGCAUUGGGUUAUCGCAGGCGGAGGAGUGACACCUGUUACAGAGGGAGCCGGGAGAGCAGAAAGUCAGCCUUUAUACGUCAUCACAGACGCCACCUCCUCCUCUGUCCCUCCUCCCCCUUGCCCAGCCUCCGUCCCCCCACCCACGCCUCCCUCUUCACCUCCGCCAGGUGGGACCAGGCGGGACCAGGCGGGACCAGGCGGGACCAGGCGGGACCAGGCGGGACCAGGUGGGACCAUGUGGAUGCUGGACAAGAUCCGCGGCUCGGUGGAGACGGGCGUGCUGCGGCAGGGCGAGAACGGGGACAAGAAGGGCGCCGCCCUGGGCUACAGCAACGUCCUCACCCCCGACAAGAUCCCCGACUUCUUCAUCCCCCCCAAGCUGGUCAACAACCCCCCCGAGCCCGAGGUCCCAGAGCCCAAGCCCAAGGAGAGCCUGCGGCCGUCGGCGUCGGAGAACGCCAUCGGGGGUGGCGGCGGCGGCGGUAAGAAGAUCAGCAGCCCCCGCAGCCCCCGGCUGGUGGCCCGGCUGGCGGGGGACACCAAGAACCUCCUGCGCCACGCCGCCAACCGCCACAUCAUCCAGAUCGAGAGCGCCGACGACGUGGUGGCCGGCGACACCAACGCCGACCCCCAGUCGCAGACCGCCAUGUCCCUGCCGUACGUGCCCAAGACGCAGACCUCCUACGGCUUCGCCACGCUCAAGGAGAGCCCGCACACCCGCCGCAAGGAGUCGCUGUUCCACUGCGACCCGCCCAGCCCCGCCACCUCCCCCGGCGCCCAGAGGAAGGGCGGGGGGAAGGGCGGAGAGGCGGGGGCCACCUCCUCCUCCACCACCGCCAACCACCUGAACCCGGCCGUCAACUCCUCCCACAUGAACCCCUACCGCUACUUCAGCGGCGGCGAGAGUGACACCUGCUCCUCGGCCGAGUCCUCGCCCUUCAACUCCCCGCUGCUGUCGCGCUCGGCCUCGCUGCUCAAGAUCUUCACCCACGAGACGCAGGCCAAGGUGGUGAAGGCCAAGCGCACCUUCGCCCGCCACAGCUCCCUCUCCACGGACGAGGGCAGCUCGGCCGAGCCCAGCCCCAACGCCCAGCGCCGGCUCCACGGCGCCGACCCGGGGGGCCCGCGCGAGCACACAGUCAACCUGCACAAGGGCGGCACGGUGCGCGUCAGCGCCAACUACGACGCCGGCACGUCGCGGCUGCGCGUGCGCGUGCUGGCGGCGGAGAGCCUGUACGACAAGGCGGUGGACAUCAAGAGCAUCCACUGCUGCGUGUCCGUGUACCUGAACCCGGGCAAGCAGCAGAAGCAGCGCAGCAACAUCAUCAAGAACAGCCGCAACCCCGUCUUCAACGAGGACUUCUUCUUCGACGCCGUCACGCCCGCGCAGGUGAAGAGCCUGGCGCUGAAGAUCAAGGUGGUGAACAAGGGCACCAGCCUGAAGAGAGACACCCUGCUGGGGGAGAGGGAGGUGGCCCUCAGCAAGCUGGUCUCGGGGACCUAG